AAUAGGAAAAAUAUAAAUCAUUCACAGUGCCGGCUCAUCUUACAAGAAACCCUAAAAUUAUUAUUUAAAAAAAGAAAAUAAAGAAAAAGUCGAAAUUAUUCGAAACGCCUGGUAGAUUUCAGCAUUUCCACGCGCAAUCGGAUCGAUCUGAGCACUAGAUUUUGAUCGGACGGCGGUUGCUCUCCGAUCGCCGGUGAGAAAUGUCCAUAAUGGCGGAGGUGGUGGAGGUGUUGGCCGACGCAGAGAUGAGCGGUUCGGAUCAUCCGAAGAAGUCGCUGAAGCGGAAGCGAAUCUCUCCGGUGGCAGGAGCUCCGACAGUGGAGGACAGGAAGGCGCGAAUCGGGGCUCUGAGGGCGGAAAUGGAGGGGCUGUUUCGGUAUUUCGAGGAGGUGAUGGGGGAAAAGGUGGAUUUGGAGGUCGGCCAGUGCGGUUCGAUGAAUGCGGUGGUUGCGGUUCUGUUGGAGGAGAGUAGGCUUCCGUUGUCGAAGCUUGUGAGUGAGAUUUACGAGAAGGUGAAGGUGAGGGAUAAUGGCGGUGGUGUGACACUGGCAACUGUGAAGAGUAGUGCGGUUUUGGUUGGUCAAAGAUUGGCUUACGGUGUUCCGAACGCGGAUGCGGAUGUUCUGGAGGACGAGACGGCGUCGUGUCUCUGGUGUUGGGAGACAAGAGAUAUAAAGUUGAUGCCGAAAUCUGUACGUGGACUUUUAAAGAUUAGGCGGACUUGUCGAAAAAAGGUCCAUGAAAGGAUUAGUGCUGUUUCUGCAAUGAUAAAUGCAUUAGAAAAGCCAGAGAGUGAUCAGAAUUACAAAUAUGACCUGAUCAAAGCAUCAGAAAAGCUUGCUAAAGUGUUAAAUGAGGCAGACAUCCGAUUGUUAAUUGAAAGCAUGGUACAAAAAGAUGGUGCUGACAUGGCUGAGAAGGAUGUGAAACGAGAAGAGAAAAUUCUAAUCAAGCAGUUGGAGAAAAAGAAGCGUGAAGAUGAGAAAGAAAAGAAACGAAUUGAACGUGAACUUCAAAAGGAGAAGUUGCAAAAUGAAAGAGAACUGAAAAGGUUGCAAGAUGAGGCAGAGAAAGACGAAAGACGCCGUGAAAAAGAAGAAUCUGAAAUACGGAAGCAGUUAAGAAAGCAGCAAGAGGAAGCUGAAAAAGAUCAACGUCGUCGGGAGAAGGAAGAAGCUGAAUUGAAAAAACAACUUGCUAUACAAAAGCAAGCUUCAAUCAUGGAACGCUUUGUUAAACGGAACAAGAACAAUUCAACUUCCCUGAAUGACCAAUCUUCAACCAAAGCAACAACUUCUGAUUCAUCCACUAACAAGAGUGAAAAGAUGCCUGAAUCAGUUACUCUAUCAAUGGACUUUGUUCUUUCAUCAAAAGAUGGGAUUGAUAGUGAGGAAAUUCGCAAGUCACAUUUGGCAUCUUGGCGUUAUUCUGAUCGUUCUAACAGAAAGCAGCAUUGGGGGAUACGUCGGAAGCCUAAAACUGAAUUAGUUAAGGAAAUUAAGCUCACUGGAAAUAGAGGCCUAGCCCGUGAUAAUGAAUUGAGCAUAGAGAAGAUUGUAGAUGGAUGGGAAGAAACAACUGCUGAAGAUAGAUUGUUUGAUACCAAUGCAUAUAGUUGUCCUUCUGAUGCUCAGAAGUGCAAUCAAAGUAAGCAAUUGUUGCAAUUUGAUAAGAGCCAUAGACCUGCCUUUUAUGGUAUUUGGCCUAAGAAAAGUCAAAUUGUUGGACCUCGCUGCCCUUUUAAGAAGGACCCAGACUUGGAUUAUGAUAUUGAUAGUGAUGAAGAAUGGGAAGAGGAGGAUCCUGGGGAGAGUCUCUCAGACUGCGAUAAAGAUGAUGAAGAGGAGAGUGUAGAGGAAGGAUGUUUAAAGGGGGAUGAUGAUGAAAGCGAAGAUGAUUUUAUGGUACCUGAUGGAUACCUAUCAGAAAAUGAGGGGGUACAGGUUGACAAAAUGGAGACUGAUCCAACAGUUGAGGAGGCCAGAAGUUCACCUGGAUGUAGGACAGAGUUUGAGAGUGAAGAGUUUUGUGUGUUGCUUCGACAGCAAAAGCAUCUGCACAAUUUAACUGAACGUGCUCUUCGGAAGAACCAGCCUCUAAUUAUAUUAAAUUUAAUGCAUGAGAAGAUCCCAUUGUUAAUGGCUGAAGAUCUCAGUGGUACUCCAAAACUUGAACAAAUGUGCUUGCAGGCUUUGAGUAUGUGUGCUUUCCCUGGUGGGCCACUUAUAGAGAUCUCAGUAACAAAUGACCUACAAGAUGAGGAUAAAGAGGCCUGCUUGUCAAAUAGCAGGAGCAGUACUACCCCAGUGUCCACCGGGAUGGCUAUUGUGGACUCAGAUUUGCCCAAAAUUGUAUCCACUAUUCAGGCUUGCACACAAGGUAUUAACAAGCUGGUUGAAUCUUUGCAACUGAAAUUCCCAGCUAUCCCCAAGUCCCAGUUAAGAAAUAAAGUACGCGAGAUAUCAGAUUUUGUCGAUAAUCGUUGGCAGGUCAAGAAGGAUGUUCUGCACAAACUUGGUUUAUCGAUUUCACCAGAGAAGGGUGGGAGGACAAAAAGUAUUGCCGCAUUUUUCUCAAAAAGGUGCCUCCCUCCCAGCAAUCGCAUCAGCGGCCCAAGCAAAACUUCUCCGCAGCAAACCCAGAAACCAGCCCCACCCGUUCAGGCACAGCAGGACUGCAUAUGCAUUGAUCCAUAAUCUCUUGUUGCCCUUGUCGUUCUAGUGUUCUUUUUUGUAUACCCUUUUUGGGGGCCAUGUGGCUCUGGUGUGUAUUUACAAAUCUGACGUGUAAUCAAAUCCGGGAGUCAAGUUUUUGUUGAGGAUAAAGAAUGGAAUUAGAUGUUGAUGAAUCUGAGAUUUCGAUACCAAUAAAUGGUUGUUGGUUGUUGUUUGAUACGAA